AUGGUUACUGACAGGUUGACUACUCCUUCUAGCUCUGCAGAGAAUAUUCUUACAACAAACUCAAUAGUUCGUGAAUACGCAACAAAUCUCGUCAGACAAAAGAAACGAGAACUCGAAAAGAAUUCUAUAUUAGAAACAGAGGACCUCCUCUCCAGAUUCUUGAGAUCUGGUCAUUUUGAUGAGCGAUUUGUUACAGAUAUCGUUAUCAGCUUCAUCGUAGCUGGUAGGGAUACAACAUCUGUGGCCUUGACAUGGUUCUUCUGGUUAAUUUCCAAUAACCCAAGAGUAGAAGAAGAGAUUUUAAAGGAGAUAAGGGAGAAGCCUGAAGCUCUUGAUUAUGAUGAGGUCAAGCAUGUCGUGUACAUCCAUGCUUCGCUCUGUGAGAGUAUGAGGGUGUACCCACCAGUCCCCCAUGACACCAAAUAUGCAUCUGCGGACAAUGUUCUACCAGAUGGGACUGUUGUGAAGAAAAAAGUGGAUGUGACCUACAUUCCUUAUGCAGUGGGAAGAACAGAGGCUAUCUGGGGCAAAGAUUGGAUGGAGUUUCGGCCUGAGAGGUGGCUGGAGAAGGAGGAGAUUUCGAGAAAGUGGAAAUUCUUGGCGAGGGACCCGUACACCUACCCCGUUUUCCAAGCGAGGCCGAUGAUUUGUUUAGGGAAGGAUAUGGCGUUCUUGCAGAUGCAGAGGAUCGUUGCCGGAGUAAUACAAGAGUAUCAGGUGGUGCCGGCGGAGAAAGGGUUUGAUCCGUUUUUCACAUCGUACCUAUCAGCCAAAAUGAAAGGAGGUUUUCCGGUGAGAGUUGUGGAGCAAAAGGAAGGUAGGGCAGUAGAGGUUGUUUGA